AUAGGGGUCAUUUUAGUCCAGCUCGCAGCCGUGUUACAGCCAGGUCAUUGUCUUUACCUGAGUGGAACCGAACCAGCACCAGAACCAGCAUGGCGGCCCGCCUUCUUCUCCGCACCUGCCCGCUGAGAGUCCUCCAGCUGAGGGGGGGCACCGCGGCGAGGCCGCUGCAGCGAGCCAUGGCCUCGGCUGGGGGAAUCCCAACUGAUGAGGAGCAGGCGACUGGACUGGAGCGACGCACCCUGCAGGCCCUCAAACAAGGAAAAGAUCCCUACAGCAUCCUGAAGCCCAAACAGUACACCGGCACCAAGACAGACCCUCACAUCGUUCCCAGUAUCGGAAACAAGAGGCUGGUCGGCUGCCUCUGCGAGGAAGACAACACUGCUAUCGUGUGGUUCUGGCUCCAUGAGGGAGAACCCCAACGGUGUCCUGAAUGUGGGUCUCACUACAAGCUGGUCCAUCACGAACUGCCCCAUUAGGACUGCUGCGUGCCACGUCAACACUGGACAGCCAUGUUGUCCUUCAGUGGAAUGUCACUUAACAUGUACAGUUUGUCAUUAAAAUUAAAACGUGUGAGAAAAAGAA